AUGGAGAUGCAUCUUGCGGGAAUAACGAGACCGUGUCCACGUAAGGAUGAAUUCGCGGCCGAACAGAAUGAUUAUUUCUCCCGUCAACAAUCCGAGCUGAGCCCUGCCUGUUUCUAUCGACCCUUCGAUGAAGCUCAGCUAUCGUACGCCGUGGCCCGUGCGAGAGAACACCCACUUUGUCCCAUUGCCGUCAAAGGCGGAGGCCAUGCAUCAUUUGCCGGGGCAUCCAACACGGCCAAGGGCAUUACCAUUGUUCUCCGACACUUUGACCAGGUUAUUGUGUCAUCGGACAGGAAGACCGUGCUGGUUGGCGCAGGGAACCGCUGGUUGAGUGUGUACAACGAGCUGGAAAAAGUCAACUUGACCGUUCCCGGCGGCCGGACAGGGUCCGCUGUCCUCGGAAAUGGUUCUAUCCUCGACGUCAACCGAGAAUCCCAGCCCGACCUCUACUGGGCACUGAGAGGGGGAGGCAGCAAUUUCGCAAUCGUCACUCACUUCGACAUGUACGCGAUCCCUCACGACUUGAUGUGGGGCGGCACACGAAACUAUACGAAGCAAUGGAUUCUCAGUCUCAUUGAUUUCUAUGUCGAGUCGGGAUUCCUCUCCCCUUACCAGCCCUCGGCCUCCCAGAUCACCACCCUCUACUACCGAGACGGCGAGUACACCGCGACGGUCGAUCUCUUCAAUGUCAACCCCGAGUCGAGCAAUAUGCUUUCCAACACGAAUCUGACCCAGGUGCCCUACACAUCCGAUACCAUCGCCGUCACGCGCCAGUCGCAGCUGGCAGAGUCCAACUACCGUGGCCAGCCCGACGGACUGCGCCAGACAUAUUGGACCGCCACGUACCUCCUCGACGGGCCGCUCGCGCACUUCAUCCACCAGGUUUUCGAAGAGGAGACCGCCGCCCUGGGCCCGCUCGACGGUCUCGAGGCCCGCUGCAUCAUGCAGGUCUUCGCCAACAACACUCUCCACGCCAUGAUCAGGAACGGAGGCAACGCCCUCCCCAUCGCCGGCGGUGACCAGCCGCUCAUAAUCCUGAACCCGGCCUUCCGAUGGCAGCAGGCGGGUGACGACCUGAAGAUCCUGCAGGCCAGUCAGAAUCUGUUCACCCGCGUCAAACAUUAUGCGAGGGAGCGCGCCCUCAACGUCGAGUAUCUGUACAUGCCGUAUGCAAGUGAGUUCCAGAACGUUCUGGAGAGCUAUGGCUCCGAGAAUCUUGAUCGCCUGCGCAAGGUGGCUAGCACCUACGAUCCGGAGGGCUUUUUUCAGACGCAGACACCGGGGUAUUUCAAGCUUAACGGACGGGUUGGCUGCUGA